UACAAUUUUACUGUAUUGCUGUAUAGAUAAACGUUUUUAAUUAUUCAUCAGUAAAAUAUUGUAAUUAUUACCUGAUACAUGGUUAAUAGAAGUAUUCCAAUUUUAGCUAAAAUGACGAAUCGACCAACGUAUUCUCAAAUAGAAUGUUUGGUGGAAUUCCUGGAGCAAAAUCCAGGCAUAGCCAAAGGCUUGCUUCGGACCAGUCAAGCCAAAUUGGAAACGAAGCGAAAAUGGGCAAGCUUGGCAACCUCCUUGAAUUCUAUUGGAGGUGCUAAUAAAGAUGGUCAAGGCUGGGCUAAAUAUUGGGCUGAGAAGAAAUGUGGUUUGAAGAAACAGUGCGCACAACUCUCAUCUUCAAUGAGGCGCACUGGUGGUGGGACAGCAGACAACUUGCCAACAUUGUCUGCUCUAGAUAAAAGGUUGGUGGCAGUGAUGGGUGGACAAGAGUUUGCGACUGGCAACUCAAGCUUGGCAGUCAAUCCAUUUCCUGAAUUGCCGAGAUCUGUUGGUACAGAACCACAGGUUGUUGAAGAAGAGGUAAGCCACCAUGACGUCAUGGAAAUGCAGUUCGAGCAACCGGUGCAUGUUCCCCUAUACUUGGCACAUCACAUAGUGAAAUAAUACCAGAAACCAUAAGUAAGUCUUGACGCGAUAUGAUUCUAGUGCUAAUUUUGUAUUUUUCUUUCCUAUUCAAAGAGUAUACUAAAAUAAACCUUUGCAUAGUUGUGAUUUGUAUUCAAGCAAAGGAUACACUCCAAAUACCUUUAGUCAGUCACGCAACCCAACUUAAGUGUGUAACAUUUAAAGUGCUUUGGCACUUAUCACGUU